AUGGAUGAAAAUAAUUCUGAUGACAACCAAGAAACAAAAAUGUGGACGGCCAGAAGUGAAACAAAAUUAAUAAAUAUGUUGAGAGAUGAGGUUAGAAAAAAUCAAACAACUGGCCGUACUACUUCGUGGACAAUUAGGCAUUGGAAUCAUUAUGUAAAUCAGUUGCACAAUCUGCAUGGAUUUCGGUAUACAGCAACACAGGUGCGCCAAAAAUAUCAGCGAUUGAAAGCUGAUUAUCAGACAUUUAAGCGGCUCCAGGCACAGACUGGUCUGGGAUGGGAUCCAAUUGUAGGCACUGUUGUUGCACCUGAUGAAUUUUGGGAUAAGACCAACAGAAAUGUGAAGAAGUUUAGGACAAAAGGAUUUGAAUAUUUUCAAGAAAUGACAGAAAUUGUUGAAAAUUGUUGUGCCAUAGGGGCCUUAUCUCGUGCAUCCACACAAGGAGCCCUUGACUUAGAAGAAGAAGAUGACAUGUUAAAUAAAUUUUGGAACCCUGAUGUUGGUGGGAGUAAUGCUGGUGGGAGUAACGCUGCUGAGGCAAUUCCUGUUGACUUAUUUGGGGAUGAGUACAUGGAUCCAACAAAGGGCAAAAGUCACAAGAGGGGCCCUACAACCAGCCAGACUGACAGUGGUCGUUCUAAAAAGUCACGGUCAAGUGGGUUUGAUGAUGUGUGCACAGUUUUCACAUCCUAUGUACAAGCAAAUACAAGACAUUCACGUGCACGAGAAAAUGAGACAGAGGCUGUAAGUGCAGGUGGUGAUGAUUACUCUCUUGAUGCAUGUUAA